AUGGAUCCGGCACACAUUUUUAGGCAAGGACUUGGGUCUGUCCCGUCCCGCCCAAAUCAACCAUAUACAGCCCAUUACCAGAAACCACAAAGGUCCAAUGACGAUCUUUCCGAUGACGACGGCUCAGGUCACCGCGUUGCCCACACAUUGACAGCCUGCUGUCGCUGUCGUCAGCGGAAAACCCGCUGCGAUCCGUCUUUGCCACGAUGUUUGCCGUGCGAGAGGUCUGGUUCAAUAUGCGAAUACUUGGAUACUGCCAAAGGCAAGAAAAUUAACCGAUACUAUGUCAUCAAGCUUCAGGACAGGGUUAGGGCGCUCGAGGCCGAGUUGGCCCAUUACACGGAUGAUGAGAAUGAUUAUCCCAAGACUACUGAAGACAUUGUUCGACCUGGAGGCAUGAUCCGUCUCAAAGCAAGUGAUGAAACGUCUAGAUACUUGGGGCCCAGCAGUGGCAUUGCUAUGACUAGGCUGUUGAUGGAGGAGGCUAAGAGAUACACGGCAUCUAACCGCAUAUCCGACCUCAUACCCGAGGUACGGGCUAGAAGCCAAGCUCGGAUGCAGUCUAUACAAAUGACUGGGCCACCAAAUGGCAGAAAGAAAAGCUACCCGAUGCUCAGCGAGGGCCCUGCCGACGGUCUACCGUCUCGCGCAACCAUGGACAAACUUAUCGAGCUAUUCAUUCAAAAAUCACAAGUAUUUUGGCCUGUUCUCCAUGAGAAGAAUUUUGAAAGGGACAUGGAAGCAGUGUACAAUGGUGACGAAGACCCGUACAAAAACUUCGUGCUGCGGAUGGUUAUUGCUAUUGCCCUUCAAAAAUUUGACUCACAAUAUGCCGGCUUAGCAGACAGCUACUACUUAGCAGCCAUGCAGUACGCCGAAGCUGUGAUACGUCCCAAGGAUCUCAGGACUUUGCAGUGUCUAGUUUUGAUCGGUCAUUAUUCGCUCCUCACCCCCACGAGAACGCCAGUGUACUAUGUCAUUGGCCUUGCGACUCGCAUCUGCCAACAAGAGGGCUUAACGGACGAGCAGACGAUCACUACUGGCUAUAAUUUGGACGAGCAGACGAUUGAUAUGCGAAGACGCCUUGCGUGGAUUGUCGCAGUCAUGGACUUUGGGUUGUCCUAUCACAUGGGGCGACCCAGUGGGUUUGCAACAGGAAAUGACAAAGUAGAUGUGUCCAUAUUUUCCACCGUUGAUGAUGAGCACAUCACAGCAAAUGGAAUCAGUGCUGGCCCUACCAGUCCACGAAAGGCUUUCGCUGCUCACUUCUAUCAAUGCCGAGAAUUACAGGCGGAAAUUCGAAGAAAUCUCUAUGAACAAAAGCGACACCAACCAAAUAACGACUCAUAUCCCUGGUUCGAUAGUAUAGAAAAGAAGAUGAAGUCUUGGCUGGACGCUGCGCCCAGUCAUAUUCAAUGGGGCCCUUCAUGGUGUGCCACCUUCUAUCACCACACUCGGGUGGUUCUCUACAGACCUUCGCCGCAAGUUCCCCAGCCCUCUGCACGGGCUGCUACGAUUUGUUUUGAGAGCUCUGCCUUUGUUAUCAACCUGGCAGAAAAGCAAAUGAGCAGCGGCUUCUUCAGCAUCACUUGGCUACUACUACUUAUGCUCACCUCAUGUUUAAAUGCCCUUUUAUGGUCAACGUCAUACCCAGAAGUUCGGCAGGCCCAUUCUCGACAGGAAGUGGAGGAUCUUGUAGCCAGAGCGCUGGCGUGUCUCGAAAAGUGCGCAGAACGAUGGCCCGGCACUCGUUAUACGGCCCAACUAUACAACGUCAUCUCCAAAGCCUGCUUGCAAAGCUACGACAGGGCUCCUGACAGCCAGCAUCCAAUGUUCUCCUUCGCCAGUCCAUCGUCGGUCGCCGAGCCACAGUCAUCACCCGACAGUUAUGUACAGACUGGGCCUUCUCAACAGCUCCCGUACCUGAAUCCUCCCCAGUUUGGUUUUGUAUUCGAUUCACCGCCAGAGUCCAUGAAUGCAUAUACUUUUGAUCCGAACUACCCGCCACCUCAGCCGACUUUUAGAUCCAAUUCAAUUUUCUGCAAUCCUGCUACUGAUGCAAACGGGAGGAGAUUCUCUUAUUUCCCGCCCGAAGGUUCACCAGAAGACAAUCCUGCCCAGUCUGUAAUGAGUCACAAUCAGACGACUUCGCCUUCUGUAGACCACUCGAGGCAGAUCCCGACGCCACCUGAUUCGAUCCCGACUGGCACCAUGUCGGCCGCUACUCCCAACACGACGCUUUCGCCGCAAAAUCUGCCAUUGCAGUCGUCAGCUCUAUCUGACGCUUCAUCCGCACCUCGUGUUGUGCCAAUGCAAGACCACAUUUCGCCUCCGCAGAGUGGGCAGCCAACUCAAGUAACGCCCAACUUCACCACGGCAAGGCCAUCGGUGCCCCAGCGGCCAUUGCCGGCCACCACUUCCGCUGCUGAUUGGUUCUCCCCUCCAGCUCCCUUUAUUUCGCCGUACAACUUUGGACCUAUGAGUAGCAACUGCUUCAACGACGCAAUGCCUAAUAAUUUUGCCGAGGUGCCGACUGGUAGCCUUGGUGGGCUGCAGAACAUGGCCACUGGGUUUGAUGCCCAUGGCCAGUACGGCUUCAUGCCUGGGAGACAAGGCAGUCUUACUCACUCGCAGCAAUUGGAGCUGAUGAAUGCGUUGGAGACAGAAGGUAUUGGAGACAUUGAUGCUUUUUUGAACGCUGGAAACAACAUGGCAGAUGUAAGAUGGUGUUAG